AUGCGUUUCCAAACCGCACUCUCUCUUGUUGCAGCUCUUGCCCCGGCGGUUUUCGGGCAGCUUCUCGAAGGCACAGCCGUAGGUCCUACUACUGCUCUGUCGGCCAAAAGCACAAUCUGUAACGUAUUGGAUUACGGUGGUGUAGCUGACGGAGCUACCGAUAUUGGUCCUGCAAUCACGAAGGCUUUUGCAUGUGUUACUGCCGCUAAAAAUGGGGCAACACUGUAUGUUCCUGAGGGAAACUAUUUGAUCUCUACUGGUGUCGUGUUGAACGCAGGAUCAAACUGGGCUUUCCAGCUUGACGGUCUCAUCACACUCGAUGUUGCGGGAAGCUUCUCUGGCAAUGCCAUUGUUAUCAAGCGUGCCACCAACUUGGAGAUGUACUCCAGCAAUGGUAAGGGUGCUAUCCAAGGAAACGGAUACCAAGUACGCAUUUCCGGAUCAUCACAAAACGCCCGUUUACUCCGCUUCAUGAACUGCACCAACUACUCCGUCCACGACCUGUUCCUCAUCGAUUCCCCCACGUUCCAUCUUAUCCAUAAUAACGCCGUCAACAUGGAGACAUACCACAUCACCAUCCGCGGCGGAAACAAGGGUGGCCUUGACGGCCUUGACUUGAUCUGUGACUCCAACUGCUACCUCCACCACAUCGAGGUUACCAACAGAGACGAGUGUAUCAGCGUCAAGACACCCUCCAAGAACGUCCUGAUCGAAGAUAUCUACUGCAACCAGUCUGGCGGAAUGUCAAUUGGUUCACUCGACGCUGGCAAUGGCGGUUCGGAAAUCGAGUACAUCCACAUGCGCCGCAUCCACGUCUACCAGUGCACCCAGAUGCUCAUGAUCAAGACCUGGCCCGGUGGUACCGGCGCCGUCGGCUACGUCCGCAACAGCAUUUUCGAGGACUUCUGGGCAUAUGACACCACAUACGCUCUCGACAUCGACCAGUACUGGUAUUCCCACACCACACCCAACACUGGUGCAAUUGCGUUGUCGAACCUUGUGUUCAGCAACUGGACCGGCACGGUGGACAACGGUAUCAGCCGCGGCCCUAUCGUGAUUAGGGGAUCGGAUGUGGUCCCAUUGACCAACAUCACGCUUGAGGACUUCUCAAUGUGGACCGUGAACAAGGACCGCGUGGUGCUUCAGUGCAACAACGUCUACGGAACUGGAUACUGCGCUAGAGAGCUUGCCAGCGGGGCGACACCAACCGCAUUUAGCAGCACUGUUACCAUCACUACCACAAUGUCAGGAUUCACAAGCCCCACUAGCCCGGCGUGGGGUGUUGCGGGAUACGGAACUACGCAGUCAAUCCCCGUGUACACUCCCGCUGCGUUGUGGGGAUCAGUGGCUGCUGCGGAAGUAACAGCCAAAGCAGUUACCAGCACUGCGGCUGCGGCUGCUGCUUCUGCAACUUCAACUAAGGCUGCAACUUCGAUCAAGACUUCAACCUCGACCAAGGCGACAUCUACUGCGACAACCUUGGCGACGAAGAAGACCUCUACCACUGCAUCCUCUGCGUCGGCAACUAUCACUGCGACAACCAUUAGAACUAGGGGUGGACCAGGCGGACGUGGAGGACCGUGGAGGGCUUAG